CGGCGCAGUCUGGAGCAGAGCAGAGCGACAGUAGGAGCGCCCGGUCUUUCAUGUGCGCAACAACAGAGGAGGAGGGGACGGGGUGUUCGAGGCUUUCAGUGCGCAACGACGAGGAUGCGCUGCAGCAUCUCCAUGGAUCUUUAAGAACAUACAACUGAUAACGAAUCGGUGCGCUGGAAACGGUAUUGGAUGCGAUUAAAAGUGUUGGAUUCUCUUCCUGAAUGAGGAAAACCAGCGGGGGAAUAGGCUGGGCAUUGUUUAUUUUUUUUCCCCUCUCCUUUCCAAGGGUUUGAUCAAAGAAGAAGGAAGUUUGUGCGCAGCGUCAUUCUUCUAACAAAGGCUUAAUGUUUCUCUCCACAUGAGAUGAUCAUAAGGUGUCAGUGAGGGCCCCUGGAGAGGCUUCUCUCGGGAGCGCCGAGGGGGACCGGGGCCUGAGCGCACCGCAUCUGCAUCAGCGCAGCGCACCACCUGGAAACUAUAUAGGCUCCGCUUGACGCACCAAACCCACAAGAAGGGAGAGGGUCUCCACUAUUUUUUCCUCCAACACGCUGCUCCCCUCUCCUUCGUCAAAAGCCCUUCCUCUCAUCUUGCACAUGGAGUUUUUUUUCUCCCCCAGGCUGGUACGGACUUUACAGAAACUGAUCAUGUGAUGACUGAGCGCGCUUUUGGCACAUCUACAGAGUCCAUUACAGGAGCUGAGUGAUGGCCGAGGAUGGGGGAAAUCUCUCCGCGCUCCCCGACUCCAGGGGCUCAGAGGGUCGCUCCUCUCUGCCGAGGACUUUCAUCCGGCUCAACGACCUGUCCGGGCUGGGAACGGGAGGCGGGGAGUGCGUUAGCGAGCUGGUGAUGGAGCCGGUGUCCCCGGCGCCUGAUGGGAUCUCUGCGGCUGGGGACGAGGGCUCCACGCACGGCGGAGGGGAGAGUCUGCCCUACCCCACGCUGGCCCCCGUGGUCUUCUUCUACCUGAAACAAACCACGCGUCCCCGGAGCUGGUGUCUCAAAAUGGUCUGCAACCCAUGGUUCGAGCGAGCGUCCAUGUUGGUGAUCCUGCUGAACUGUGUGACACUGGGCAUGUUCCAUCCCUGCGAAGACAUCAACUGUGACUCUGAGCGGUGCAAAAUUCUACAGGACUUUGAUGACUUCAUCUUUGCCUUCUUUGCCAUUGAGAUGGUGAUCAAGAUGGUAGCCCUUGGAAUUUUUGGCAAGAAAUGUUACCUCGGAGACACAUGGAACCGCCUGGACUUCUUCAUAGUAUUGGCUGGGAUGCUGGAGUACUCACUCAACCUGCAAAACGUUAGCUUUUCAGCAGUGAGGACAGUUCGCGUGCUGAGACCGCUGAGAGCCAUCAACCGGGUGCCAAGUAUGCGCAUCCUGGUGACCCUGCUGCUGGACACGCUGCCCAUGCUGGGUAAUGUGCUGUUGCUCUGCUUCUUUGUCUUCUUCAUCUUUGGGAUUGUUGGCGUCCAGCUGUGGGCCGGCCUGCUCCGAAACCGCUGUUUCGUCAAAGACAACUUCUCCUUCCCUCUUUCCGUGGAGCUGGGAAAAUACUACCACACAGAGAACGAUGAUGAGAACCCGUUCAUCUGCUCCAUGCCCGGAGACAACGGCAUGAGGGACUGCGGCUCGGUUCCCAAGCUGUACGACGAGGUGGGCCAGCAGUGCAGUCUGGACAUUGACUCCUACAACAGCACAGACAACACCACCUGUGUCAACUGGAACCAGUACUACACCAACUGCUCCGCUGGCCUCAUCAACCCCUUUAAGGGGGCUAUCAACUUUGACAACAUCUGCUAUGCGUGGAUAGCCAUCUUUCAGGUCAUCACUCUGGAGGGCUGGGUAGACAUCAUGUACUUUGUGAUGGAUGCCCACUCCUUCUACAACUUCAUCUACUUCAUCCUGCUAAUCAUUAUCGGCUCGUUCUUCAUGAUUAACCUGUGCCUGGUGGUCAUCGCAACUCAGUUCUCUGAGACCAAGCAGAGGGAGAGCCAGCUGAUGAAGGAGCAACGAGUGCGCUUCAUGUCCAACGCCAGCACUCUGGCCUCCCUGUCUGAGCCAGGCUCCUGCUAUGAUGAGCUGCUAAAGUACCUGGUCCACAUCAUUCGAAAGGGGGCCAAGCAAGUUGCUCAUGCCUGCAGGUUUUUGGCCCGUCGUGCAGGACUUAACAUUGCCUCCUCACCACCAGCUGCAGAGACCCAGCAGAGCCAGAGGCAGAGACGAAGGAGGAGGAAAUCUUCCAGGCAGGGGUCUAUGUCAGUUCAUCACAUGGUUCAGCACCAUCAUCACCACCACGAUCACUACCAUCUUGUUAAUGGCAGCAUCCGGGAGGGUGGAAGCAUGAGGUGUCUGGAGGGGAGGGAUGUUGAGGCAGGGGCUCCGAAAGCAACCGCAGGGUUUGUACCACUGGGCUUGGCACCAGCGUCUUCUUUGAUAGCCGCAACCUCUGACUCUAACCUCACUGUUUUGGGAAACGUCACCUCAGGGGCAGCCGAUUCAUCUUCAGGUUGUAGUGCGCUCAAAGCAGAGGCUUCUCACUGCACUUUGUUUCCCACCAACCGGGGAACAAUUCCAGUGCCCUUCCUGGUUCCAACUCCCACAUCCAGGGCCAUGAAGAGGAACUCUGUACCAUUUGCUGCCCCAGGGCCCAAGAACUACCCUACCCUCCAGGCUCGAGCCCUGGCAGAGUCCAGACGAGGGAGUGUUACUGCCAGCACUAUAACAAAUCUGAGUUUUAACCUGAAUAUCCCACCCCUGCAUCUGGAGAGAUGGCCAUCGAGCCUGAUGGACACACGCACUGCAACAGCUCAGCUCUCCUGCCAGCUGUCAGCUCGUGAGCUCGUCACCAUGGACGCAGCAGGUCUGACCAUGGACCCUGAGACCUGCCCCGAUUGCGCAAAGGCACUGGCCAAUGAGUCAGAGGGUUUCACCGAGGGCAACGAGAUGCCAGGAGACUCCGACAGCGACGGGGUGUACGAGCUAACCCAGGACCUCCACCACAGGGACAGGAGAGACAGCCGGCAGCCCAGAAAGAAAAGUCGGAGGUUGGGCAAGACAGCUGCCAAGGUCGUCCACUUUUGGAGGCUGGUGUGUGACACCUUCAGGAAGAUUGUGGAUAGCAAAUACUUUGGCCGGGGAAUCAUGAUUGCCAUUCUGAUUAACACUCUGAGCAUGGGGAUUGAGUAUCAUGAGCAACCUGAAGAGUUGACGAAUGCCCUGGAGAUCAGCAACAUUGUCUUCACCAGCCUGUUUGCUCUAGAGAUGCUGCUCAAGGUUUUGGUCUAUGGGCCUUUUGGCUACAUCAAAAAUCCCUACAACAUCUUUGAUGGCAUUAUUGUGGUGAUCAGUGUUUGGGAGAUCGUGGGUCAGCAGGGCGGCGGCCUGUCUGUGCUGAGAACGUUCCGGCUGAUGCGGGUCCUGAAGCUGGUCCGCUUCAUGCCGGCCCUGCAGAGGCAGCUGGUGGUGCUGAUGAAGACCAUGGACAAUGUUGCCACCUUCUGUAUGCUGCUCAUGCUCUUCAUCUUCAUCUUCAGUAUCCUGGGAAUGCAUCUAUUUGGCUGUAAGUUUGGCUCUGAGAGGGAUGGAGACACACUGCCAGACAGGAAAAACUUUGACUCCCUCCUUUGGGCCAUAGUGACUGUGUUUCAGAUCCUGACCCAGGAAGACUGGAACAAGGUGCUGUAUAACGGCAUGGCCUCCACCUCCCCUGUAGCAGCACUUUACUUUAUCGCACUCAUGACCUUUGGAAACUAUGUCCUCUUCAACUUGCUGGUGGCCAUCCUAGUUGAAGGGUUCCAAACUGAGGAAAUUACCAAGCGGGAGGACUUGCAUGCCCAGCUGAGCCUAAUACAACUGCCUGUAGACUCAGGGGGAGACGCCUCUAAAACGGGUUCAGAGAUCGAUUCUGUUGCUCGAAGUAUGGAAGAUGUCAAUGGAAGUAAGAAGGAUUUAUCGCCUUCUACAGCAGUAGUGCCAGUAAACGGUCAUGUGGAAAUGAAGACCAGUCUGACUCCGCCACUCAUCACCCACACCGCUGCUACGCCCAUGCCUGUCCCCAAAUUGCCCGUGGCAGGCGACCCUGUCCUGAGCUAUGAAUCCCGUCAAGGCAGCAAUAUCUCCAUGGACCCAGCCUGCUAUGAUAAAUCACCUACCAGUGCUCGCUCCUCUCCCCUUGGCCAGCUGACCUCUGGCAAUGGCUGGGCCAGCCGCAGGUCCAGCUGGAACAGCCUAACCCGCGCGCCAUCAUACAAGCGGCAGAAGCGCCAGUCCGGCGAGCGGCGCUCUCUCUUGUCGGGGGAGGGCGACUCUAGCUCCGACGAAGGAGAAGGCGGGGGAGAAGGUGGGGGCGGGCUGAUGGACGAAGACGACACAUCCCUUCCCAGGACCGACUCAAUGUCACAGCCUCAGAGAAGACCACGGCACAGGAGGAUGGAGUCCGUGGAAACUCGGAGCUCCAUGGACUUGCCCCCUGAAGCCUUACUGCAGGUGCCCUACCUGAACCGCUCAGCCAGCAUGCACAGCUCCAGACCCCCUUCCCUGGGCCAUUUACGGCCACCAGAACACAGCGACUGUAAUGGGAAGGGAUCUCCAUCCACCCUCGGCCCAACUAACGUCUCUCUGGAGGAAAACACUGAAGAGGAGAAUUUGGAGGAGGAGGUCAACCUGGGUCGUUUUACCAGGAUACUGCGAUGGAUGGAGAAAAAGCAGCCCGAAUGGUGUCGGCAGAGAGAUACUUGGUCUCUCUACCUGUUUCCCCCAGAGUCCAGGUUCCGGAUCGUGUGCGAUAAGAUCAUCAACCACAAGAUGUUUGACCAUAUCGUGCUGGUCAUCAUCUUCCUCAACUGCAUCACUAUCGCCAUGGAGAGGCCUCGCAUCAAUCCCACCAGUGCUGAGCGGAUCUUCCUGACAUUGUCCAAUUACAUCUUCACAGCGAUCUUUGUGGCAGAGAUGACCGUAAAGAUUGUGGCCUUGGGAUGGUUCUUCGGGGACAAAGCCUACCUGAGGAGUAGCUGGAACAUAUUGGAUGGGAUGCUGGUGAUGAUUUCUGUGGUUGACAUCCUGGUGUCUCUUAUCUCCAACACCGGAACCAAAAUCUUGGGGAUGCUCCGAGUGCUGAGGCUGCUAAGGACACUUAGGCCACUCCGCGUGAUCAGCAGAGCCCCGGGGCUGAAGCUGGUGGUGGAGACGCUGAUGUCGUCACUCAAGCCAAUCGGCAACAUCGUGGUGAUCUGCUGUGCCUUCUUCAUUAUCUUUGGCAUCCUUGGAGUACAGCUUUUCAAGGGAAAGUUCUUUGUUUGUCAAGGGGAGGACGUGAGGAACAUUACCAACAAGUCAGAUUGUUUGCAGGCCAACUACAAAUGGGUCCGGCACAAGUACAACUUCGACAACCUGGGGCAGGCUUUAAUGUCUCUUUUCGUACUGGCCUCAAAAGACGGAUGGGUGGAUAUCAUGUAUGAUGGCCUUGAUGCUGUAGGAGUUGAUCAACAACCAAUAAUGAACUACAACCCGUGGAUGCUGCUCUACUUCAUCUCCUUCCUCCUGAUCGUGGCCUUUUUUGUGCUCAACAUGUUCGUGGGCGUGGUGGUGGAGAACUUCCACAAGUGUCGGCGCCACCAGGAGGCCGAAGAGGCCAAACGCAGGGAGGAGAAGAGACUGAAACGAAUGGAGAAAAAGAGACGGAAUUUAUUGGUUCCGGGGGUGAGUUGGGCCCUUUCUGACGGCACACUGAAAGAAGCUCAGAGUAAGCCCUACUACUCCGAUUACUCCCCCACUCGGCUGCUCAUCCACAAGAUGUGCACCAGCCACUACCUGGACCUCUUCAUCACCAUUGUCAUAGGGCUCAACGUCAUCACCAUGUCCAUGGAGCAUUACGAGCAACCGCAGGAACUUGACAACGCAUUGAAGAUCUGCAACUACAUCUUCACCCUUAUUUUCGUUUUCGAAUCAGUCUUCAAGCUGGUCGCCUUCGGAUUCCGUCGCUUCUUCAAGGACAAGUGGAACCAGCUGGAUCUCGCCAUUGUGCUGCUGUCCAUCAUGGGCAUCACUCUGGAGGAGAUAGAGGUCAACGCUUCACUGCCCAUCAACCCCACCAUUAUCCGCAUCAUGAGAGUGCUGAGGAUCGCAAGAGUGCUGAAGCUCCUGAAGAUGGCGGUUGGAAUGAGAGCUUUGCUGGACACCGUUAUGCAAGCUCUGCCUCAGGUGGGGAAUCUAGGUCUACUCUUCAUGCUCCUCUUCUUCAUCUUUGCCGCAUUGGGAGUCGAGCUGUUUGGUGACUUGAUCUGUGAUGAGCUCCAUCCAUGUGAGGGCCUGGGCCGCUACGCCACUUUCAGAAACUUUGGGAUGGCUUUUCUUCUGCUCUUCAGAGUUUCCACUGGCGACAACUGGAACGGCAUCAUGAAGGACACCCUGAGGGACUGCGCACAAGACACAGGGACGUGCUACAACACCGUCGUGUCUCCCAUCUACUUUGUCUCCUUCGUCUUGACUGCCCAGUUUGUCCUGGUCAACGUAGUCAUCGCAGUCCUGAUGAAGCACUUAGAGGAAAGCAAUAAGGAAGCCAAAGAGGAGGCAGAACUGGAGGCGGAGCUAAACCUGGAGCUACAAAUGGAGGGGGCAGAUUUGGCAUCAAGAUCCCCCCAGCUCAACCCUCUGGCCCUGGGCAUUGAUAGGUCGAGCUCAGGGGGUUCCCCUUGGAGGUCCACUGGAGGUGGGAACUUGGAGCAGGAGAAGGAAGGUCCUAUGGACUCUCCCACUGCUGACAUAACCAGAGACUCUGUAGAUAUCAGAGAAGAACCCACCUCACACCCAGAGCCCCAGCUAGAGUUUGUGCAGCGGCGAGCGCUUUUUGACUCGAUCUCCCUGGUCAUCCAGGGCUCAAUGGAGGGAGAGUUGAGUUUGAUGGAUAACCUGUCCGGCUCGAUCUGCCACUACUACGCGCUGCCCCCCAGGCCCCACAAGCACAGCACCGACAAGAAGAUCCCUCUAGCGGAGAUGGAAGCUCUGUCUCUGGCUUCAGAGAAAUCCUGGUCCCUAGCUCUGACAGACGACUCGGCCCCUGACGAUUUUAACCCACUCAUUCUAACCACUCUGGAAUGCAAUCCGGAGCCAGCAAAGGACAACCUGCUGAGUGUCAGAAAGCCUGCGGUGGGACGCACUCACUCCCUGCCCAACGACAGCUACAUGUUCUUCCCCCCGCAGCCCUUUGGCGUCUCCUCUCCACCUCCAGCACAGCUUGUAGUACAGUCACAAGGAUCCCAGCAGCUAGUGGGCACUCACAGGUCCCAAUCAGGCUCCAGAGGUUCAGUGCGAUCUCAACCAGAAGAGUGCUCGAAGCAGCUCAUCAUCCCCACAGACUUCUUCAGACCCAUCAGCCCUCACAGCCUCUCAGACUCAGAGAGUAUUCCACGACAACCCCCUGCAAGACGCACACAUGCACUCAGCCGCACGCUCCGCCGACAGCUCAGCUGGGCCCACAAGCCGCCCGACCCUGAGCUACUGCUCAAACACAGAUACUCCUGUUUCUGAAAUGGCAGCAAACAAGCAGACGUCAUCUCCUAUAGGCCUUUCAGAAACACAGAACUUUACAGAUGCACACAUGUAGACACACCAUUCUUUUUUACCCCCUCCUCAUUCUUCAUUCACCCAGAGAUUUUUUCUUUUCAACUGAUGAUCAUGAAACCACAGAGAAUCUACAACUCUCUAAACAAAUAGUGCCACCUGUCAAAUAUGAAUGCAAUGUGACGUUCGUUUUCCAGAUGUCUAGCAGAGUGAUUGAAUGUAACACAAGUGUAAUGUGGCGGAAAAAAAAAAAUCACCCAUCAUACAGUGCACUUUUUUAUAUUUUAAACAAUACAACUCAGGGGAUUCGUACUAAACAGCAAGAGCUGUCCAUAUGCAUUUGACCAUUUUGUACUCAACAGUACCAUGAUGGUAGAGCACUAGAGACAUUUUUUUAAUCCCUAGAUUAGUGAUUUAACAGUAGAAAAAAAUACAAGUUAUUGGGUGAUUAUUAUAGUACAAUUCCAGGGUGCACUUCUGUAAUGUGGUACUUUGGUAUUGCAUUGUUGUGGCUGUAAUACGUUUGUUUGACCACUAGGUGUCUCUGUGGUCACACCGUUCAAGGCUCAUGCAGGGAAAGGCUUCUCAAAACGCUCAGCCCUGAAAUGACAUGCAUGCCGCACUCCCGCCUGCUCAUCGCCAUGGCUUUAAGUCUUCAAUCGAUCGACAUGAGUCAUCACUGACCUGAGAUCUGUCAGGGUUCUGGAAGGGGUCAUGAGCUCAUGAGGACAUUUUGGCUGACAUUACUAACCCUUCGCUCCCUGAAGAGGUUUACAUGUCAUGUUUACCCUCUGUCUAUUGGCCUCAGACCCUGUGCAUUGCUCUAUGCAGAGAUAUUAUUGGGGGUAAAACAGAUCGAAAUUUCUUUACUUCAACCACUGAUAGUUUACAGGGUUUUUAGUCAAUGGCCAAAGGUUGGAAGGUCAUUUGGUCUGUCUCAGAGCUCAAUAUCUAUGCCAGUUUGAAGCACAAAUACUACCUGCAACUUUUGACUGAAUAUUAGAUUUAAGUCCCAUGAGAAGAAAAAUUUAGACCUCUGUAGGUCGUCUAAUCCUAACUGUUGCAAAUGAACAAAUAUAGAGAAGUAUUUCACAACUUUCAAAAUGUUCUGUUUCUUUGACUUCCAACAAGUUUUGGCUGCAUGUUUGACCUGCAAACAACCUGCAAAGUUUUGCUGGUCAGAUAGACAUCUCAGCCUAAUAUCUUAGGAGACCCCUGGGGAAACUCUCUGCAAUGAAAACAUGUCAGACUCUGACCAGGUCGAGCUCAAAUAUCCAGUACAAGCUCAACCGAGCUUGCAGAAGGCAUUCACAUCUGUGAGACGUUGUUUACCCAGCGUGCUCCUGACAAUCUGGACUAAUGAAACAGAGCAACACAGUGCAGAGCUCUCAGGGUUUUUAGGUUGUAAUUCACAGCAGAAUGUUGCAACAAAACUGGACAGGGAGUUAUGUGAGAACACACUGGCCAGACGGUGAGCUUUGACCCAGACUGCUGCUUCUCAUCCUCAUCACCACACACUAACUACUCUCCCCCCUCUCAACCUCGGUCUCCUCCUCCUCCCCCCCCUUCCCCUACCCCCUUCAUUGGACAUUUGCCCCAAUUUUUUUCUUAAAUACUUUACCCCCUCCCCUCCAUGCCCCAUU